UUGAGCGGCGGAGUAAAGAUGGCGGCGGGUUCGGAUUUGCUGGAUGAGGUUUUCUUCAAUACGGACGUGGACGAGAAAGUGGUCAGCGAUCUGGUGGGCUCCCUGGAGUCCCAGCUAGCGGCCGCCACCCACCACCACCAUCACCACCACCAGCAGCCACAGGCCCCCCCCGAGGCCCGCAGCCAGGCCCUGGCCAACCAUGUCUCCAGCCCCGGGGGCCAGCCCGAGGCCAAGCUGGGGCUCCCCUCAGAGAUCAGCAAGACGGGAGCUGUUGUACCUGGCGUAACGGGAGGAGUUAUCAAUAACAGUCGACCGCAAACCACAGCACCACAGGAAGGAGCCCAGACUGCUGGAUCGGAGACACCAGGGGCUCUUAGCCAAGCUAAAGCUGGGGUUCUGGGUACCUUAGCAACAACUUUGUCAAACCACAGUCCAGGAAAUGGAAAGACAGCCACCCUUCAGACAAUGAAUGGGAGUAAUGUUGUUAUUAAUUCUCACGGACCUGGUGGGCAUGGUACCUCUUACCAGGGAAACAGCAACCCUGCACCCGCUGUAACUUUGGUGAACAAUGGCCCAGCUCCUGUCACCAAGAGUGGUGUAAAUACAGGAGCCAACACCGUGAUCCAGGCUUCUUUUCUUGGGACAACAAAUGUGUCAGCUUCUGUCAUUUCUUCCUCAUCGACUUCCACUGCUGGAGCAGCUGGACAACAAGCAGGAAUGGCUAGUUUGCCCACCACCGUAGCUUUGGUGAGACCUCUAAUGCAUCAAGGUGUGCCAGCCACGCAGAAUGGAAGUAAUACUGUGAUCAAUUCUCCCCUGCCACCCUCUGCUGGGGUAUCUUUGCAAAUGAACAGUCAGCCCAACUCUGUAACUAGCCAGGUGAUAAAGUCAGACUCCCCUAAAACUAUUAUUCAGCCCCCCCAGCAGAGCCAGCCCAACCCUGGUAGCAUGGUGAUAGGGCAGACUAUGCAAGCCGGACAUCCAGGACCUGGGGGGCCAAAUAAUGCUCCUGGUACCCCCACAGGAAUGGCAAAAGCUACAGUCAGCACUGUGCCUCAAAACUUGCCAAGGACUCCUACAGCGGCGGUUGGUGGCAUCAGGGCAACCAUGAAUCCUCCUGUUCUAGCACCUCGUAUGCCCCAGCCACCUCAGAACCCACCAAACAUCCAGAACUUUCAACUUCCUCCAGGAAUGGUCCUCGUGCGGAGUGAGAAUGGGCAACUGCUGAUGAUCCCGCAGCAGGCGCUGGCCCAGAUGCAGGCUCAGGUUCAAGCUCAAGCUCAAGCUCAGGCCCAGUCACAAUCUCAGAAUGCCAUGGCUACUCGGCCAGCAACUCCCACCAGCGCCCCUUCGGUGCAGAUCUCUGCAGUGCAGUCUCCUGGAGCCCCUUUGUUGGCACGACAGGUAACCCCCACCACCAUCAUCAAGCAAGUAUCUCAGACACCCACCACCGUGCAGCAAACCACCACACUACAGCGGCCCCCUGUUGUUCAGAACCAGAUUGUGCUUGGUAGCACAGCACAAACCACCACAUUGGGUACGGCAACUGCUGUACAGACAGGAGCAGCUCAGAGACCAGUACAAGGAACUGCUACCCCGGCCGCCGCUACCACGGAAACUAUGGAAAAUGUGAAGAAAUGCAAGAAUUUUUUAUCUACGCUAAUCAAGCUGGCUUCAUCGGGUAAACAGUCCUCCGAAACGGCGGCUAAUGUGAAAGAACUCGUCCAAAAUCUGCUGGAUGGAAAAAUCGAAGCUGAGGAUUUCACCAGCAGAUUAUACAGAGAACUGAAUUCUUCACCUCAACCCUACCUUGUGCCUUUUCUGAAGCGAAGCCUUCCAGCCUUGCGCCAGCUGACGCCUGAUUCGGCAGCCUUCAUCCAGCAGAGUCAGCAGCAGCAGCCUGCCUCACAGGCCACCACAGCACUUACCGCAGUCAUGCUGAGCAGUUCGGUUCAGCGCACGGCCGGGAAGACCACUGCCACCGUCACCAAUACAUUACAGCAGCCCGUCAUCAGCCUCACUCACCCUGCACAGACCAAGCCAGGACAGCCUACACCACUGGUUAUCCAGCAAGCGCACAAAGCAGGUGCCGUGGUACGUCCUCCACAAGUCACAUUGACACAGACACCUAUGGUAGCACUUAGACAGCCUCAGAAUCGGUUAAUGCUGACACCACAGCAGAUCCAAAUAAAUCCAAUGCAAACGGUUCCAGUUGUCAAACCAACUGUGCUACCGGGCACCAAAACAAUGUCCACGAUAACCACGCAGAUUGCUGCCGCUCAGAAAAAUAAAUUAAAAGAGCCAGGUGGAGGAUCGUUCAGAGAUGAUGAUGAUAUAAAUGAUGUAGCGUCCAUGGCGGGCGUUAACCUGUCGGAGGAAAGUGCACGGAUAUUGGCAACAAACUCUGAGCUAGUGGGAACGUUAACGCGUUCUUGUAAAGAUGAGACGUUCCUACUUCCGUCAUUACUGCAGCGAAGGAUACUUGAAAUCGGUAAAAAGCACGGGAUUACAGAAAUCAAUCCAGAUGUGGUUGGCUACGUUUCCCACGCCACACAACAGCGACUACAAAACAUAGUGGAAAAAAUCUCAGAAACGGCUCAGCAGAAAAAUAUCUCACAUAAGGAGGAUGAUCGCUAUGAACAGUCCACUGAUGUUCGAACACAGCUCAAAUUCUUCGAGCAGCUUGACCACAUAGAGAAGCAGAGGAAAGACGAGCAGGAAAGAGAAAUUCUCAUGCGGGCAGCUAAGUCUCGAUCAAGGCAGGAAGAUCCGGAACAGUUACGGCUGAAACAGAAAGCAAAGGAGAUGCAGCAACAGGAACUGGCACAGAUGAGGCAGAGAGAUGCAAAUCUAACAGCGUUAGCAGCUAUUGGCCCUCGAAAGAAGAGGAAAGUAGAGUCUCCGGGGCCCGGUUCAGGGUCAGAGUCAUCCAGCACAAGUACGGCGACGGCGAGCAGCUCGGGAGGAGGAAGUAACCGUCAGUUUACACGACAAAGGAUAACGCGGGUGAAUCUCAGGGACCUCAUAUUUUGUUUGGAAAACGAACGAGAGACUAGCCAUUCACUAUUGCUAUACAAAGCAUUCCUUAAGUGAAAAUAUGAACCUAAAACCACAAAAAACUCAACAAAAAUGGAAAAGAGCAAGGUAUUUUUUUGUUGUUUUUGCAAAGGCGACACCCUUACCCCUUCCCAGGACAAUUUGAUAUUAUUGCAAAUAAUCCCCCACUUUUUUUUUUCUUGAGCCAUUAAUGGUUUUACGCCCCAAUCACACACCCUCUGAUCCAUCACAUCAGCAAGAUCCGCAACAUGCAAACAGACGGCGAGGAAUGGACAGUUACACCGACGAUUUUGGAAGUGAUGCCUUCUGCAAACCAAGCCAUAUACGGAUUAUUCAUCACAGCUAGCGCCAUUUUAGCCACCCCGUGCUAUGUCCUGUUUAGAUUUCAUGGGUUUUCGUUUCCCCUACACACUUUUACAGUUUGAAACCCCGUAAAUGAUGUCUCUCAGCCGCAUAACGCCAUCCCUGCCAAGCCAGUAAAGGGUUUCUUGUUUUUUGCGCCAGUUCAGUGUUGCAGACGGCUAAGCCCACUUUUAUUUUUAUUUUAUUUUCUUGUAUUUAUUGAUUUUUAACCCAUCUAUUGGGUGCUGCAUCUCAGAAACCCCCUCGCCGCUGGAUUUUACUAAUUUCACGUUUAACUGUGAGCAAAACACGCUACAUCUGCUCUAUUUCAGUGUAUUUUUUUUUUUUUUUAAUCCACUUUAACCUCAAUUUUAAUCUCAUUUUCCAAAAAAAGAUUGGAUAAUUGUUUUUAUCUCUACAGAAUUUUUUUAAAUAAAACCAAUGCAAUGCUUCUUCUACGUUUAUUUGUAGAGAUGUACCGCGUGGGCAAAUGAAACCGGGGAAUAGUGUAUAUGACCCUACAUAUAUAUUUUACUUGCACUGUUUUUUUCCCAUAUAUAUAUAUAUAAAUAUAUAUAUAUUUUAUUUUUUUGUGUGUGUGUGUACUUUUUUUUUUUUUGUAUGUUUUAAUUGUAAUUUUUUUUUUAUUCUUUAAAUCCACCUGAAUUGCUUCACCCUCUUUAUACCAGAGACUGCAAGCAAAAAGGAAUAAAGCAGUAAGUCACUUGUACAGAAAGGGUUAAGUUUCUAUUUAAAAAUAAAACUAAUAUUUUAGCUUCAUCAUGACCUAUGAUCUGUUCUGCAAAUCGAGUGGGGCAAAUCUCAACCUGCUUGUAGUUGCAUUUUGGAAAUGACUGUAGAUAAUGUAAUGGCACAUUAUAGCGGGGAAAGACUGUCUCCCAACACAAAUGAUCCCAUGUACCACAAAUUAAUAUGUAAAAACCAUAAUUAUUUUGCUAAGAACCGUAUGCAAGCUUUGGCGACAAACUUUAUCUGUCACCCGAGCAAAGCUCCUUUCUUUGUAUCUAUUUUUUUAUUACGAAAAAAAAUCUACUAUUUGGUUCUUUAUAUUUUGAAAGGUUGCUGUAUUCAAUUGUCGAUUGGUAAUACUUUUCUGAGUGUAUAUAGUCUGGCUUUGUGUGCAGCCCCGCUAUUACCGCAAUCUCUGCCUUGUAGACUGAAUUCUAAUCAGUAUUCUCCUGAGCUGUUACAUCACUUUGUCGCCUCAAUGCCCAGCUUGUAAUUCCAUCUUUUGUUUCUCAUUGUACAUUUUGCACAGUUACCUGUUUAUAUGUAAAUAUUUUACUUUCAAAAAAAAAAAAAAUGAAGUUUUUAACUGCUCUUGUUUUAUAUAGGAUUGAAAGAAAAUUAACUCCUUUAUUAAAAACAAAUUUAUCUGUA